AUGGCCCACACGAGCAACACGAUCAGCCUCUCCGACAGCACCAAGGCGGUCUGGGAGUGUUUCCUCCUCACCCUCGGCCUCAUCGCCUCCAACCUAAACUUGGUGCCCGACUCGGCGCUGCAGUGGCACCGCCUCCCCGGGUCGCUGCCGUCUGACCACGAGCUGCCGACCGUCCGACCAGGAGGCUGUGAGGUGGGCGAUGCGAUCGUGCGAUACGCCCAAGGGGUGCGAGAUGCGCUCAAUCGACAGUACCUCUCGGGCGCCUGCCUCAUCUUGCACAACGAGCGCAAUCCGGAUGCCGGACCAGCAAGGGCCUUCACGUUCAGCUUCGUGUACCGCAGCAUCGGCGACGUUAUCUUGCAGAAGCCCCUGAUGCGCCUCAAGAUGAACGGCACCGGCGGAACUGUCGACCGUCGCGUCAAGGCGGCGCCCAGUCUCGAUGCCGUCUGCAAGACCAUCAAGACCUUCUUGACGAGGGUGGAAGCUAGCUUUGCGGAGAUGCAAGCCACGAAAGAGGACACAGAGCCGGCCGCGUUCCUCACGUUCAGCCUGGCCUACACCCUCGACACGCCCCGGGACUAUCAGCCCAACGGAUUCGUCCCGAUGCCCGCCAAGGCCGCUCCGCUCGCUACCUACAGGAGAGGCCGGCCCCGCGUGGGGAGAUUCGAUCUCGGUCACCACCGGGCGCACUUCCACGUCUGGGCCGCCGGUGACGAUGCCAAUGCGGCGUCGACCCAGCAGUCCACGCAAGAGUCCUCGCCAGAAGCGCCCGCGGAUAUCACUGGCAGUGGCGGCGACGGUGCCCAUGCUGAGGCUAAUGGCAUCCUGCGGACCCAGGAGCAGCCCAAGGAAGAGGUGUUUGGAACCAGCAGGCAGGCGCGGAGCUUGCCGUCUCGCGCCAGGUUCGCCGAGAACCACGACCUCGACGUGCCCGAGAGCUUCCCAAGCACCCUUUCGCUCGCUGCUGAUGAUGGAUCCUCGCACCAAGCCGACGCCGUGGUCAGGGCUUCCGAGUCGAAGGUGAACAGCCAGCAGAGCGGCGCGGCCGGGCCCAAGGGCAAGCGGGCGAGGCUCCAGAUUGGCAAAGAGGCGAGGGCCGGGGAGGCGCUGAUCCGGGGCUACAGCCGCGAGCUGCGCAAGAGGGGCGCGAUGAUCUCGCAGACCAAGCGUGGCGCCACCAAGGCCAAGGGAGGCUGA